GCGCUUCUUAGUGUGACACAAACCCGCACUCAUCUGUCAACUGAGCAACCUCAACAACUUUACCAACCUGAGGGAAAGCGCUCUCUGCACCGUCUACAGCCUCGUCUGCACCCACAUUUUCCAUUCAAGAGCACGAUGUGCGAGUCCAAGGACAGCAUGCGUGGGCUGUGCGUCCCUUCCUCCUCUGUGCCAGAGAGCAUUGACUGUGGGGAGGGGCAGCCCCUCUCCCAGGCAGCGUUGCUGUGCCUGCCCCCCUCCCCUCUGCUCACACACAGCCUGCUGGGCAUCAGAGGCCCCAAGCGCCACCUGUCCCCGGGGACGCGGCGCAAGCGAGAGUUCAUCGCAGAGGACAAGAAGGAUGCCGGCUACUGGGACAAGCGGCGCAAGAACAACGAGGCGGCCAAGCGCUCGCGGGAGAAGCGGCGGUUCAGCGACUUGGUGAUGGAGGGCCGGCUGGUGGCGCUGGUGGAAGAGAAUACCCGCCUGAAGGCCGAGCUCCUGGCGCUCAAGUUCCGCUACAGCCUGGUACAGGACCCCUCCCUGGGGCAGUCCGUGCUCUGCAGGGGAGCCGUGCCUCCCUUCCAGCCCAGCUUCUGGAGCAUGAAGGCGGGCCCCACUGACUUGCUCUCCUCUCAGCUGGAGCCUGGCUGGGUCUCCGAGACUCCCAGCAGCCACAGCUCCUCCCAGGGCAACCAGAGCCGCUGCUGCACCAGCUGCGAAGACGGGUGCACAAGCCCUCCCCCCCAAGCCCGCAGAAGAGGCUCUCAGGCUGGGGGGCAGUGUGAGGAGGACAGCCCCCACUCCACUGAACCCCAGGCAGACAUCCCUGCUGGGCAGCCCAAAACCCUCCCCAGCAAGCUGCGGUUCAAGUCAAGCAGCGACCAGAAGGAGAGAAGCCCGUACUACCAGCAGGUGUCUUCCUCCAGACACUCCCCGACAAAGGCGUGCUCCCAAGCAGACGCUCCUGCACCUGUGUUCUCCUCGCAGACCGGAGCCUUCACGCAGCCCUGGCUGCUCCCCAAUGUCGGUCACCCUGCUCUCCGAGGAGGUCUGGUUUUCCCCUGGGGGACCCCGGGCCUCUCUGCUGUCCCAGGCUACCCCAAGGUGCCGCUGUACAUGCCCUUGGGGGAGGCCGACUACAGGAAACUGCCCCUCAGCCUUCAUUACAGCAGUCAGGGUGCUGAGUGCGACGGGUCAGAGAGCUUCCAAAGCAAGAUCAACAACCUCUCGGCGGAGGUCGCCCAGCUCAAGAGAUACUUUGUACCGGACUGCAGUUAGAUCAGCUCAGGUCAAAUGAGGAGGAUUAUACUUUGUAUUCUGUUUUAUGAAUAUAGUUUUUUUCUACAAUUUAUAUAUUUUUAUUUUACCAUAUGUAGUAUCUGGUUAAUAUUGUUGAUAUUGUUUUGGUACUUAAAGUAAAUUAAACAAGCUGAAAUCCCCUCUGGCUCUGUUUAACUCCCAGUUUAUACCUGAUUGCUGAAUUCAAUCAAAGGUUAUAGCGGCGCUAUAGCUCUGCUUUUUAAUAGCGCUGUCGUCAUUUCGAUUUGUGUUCAUCCAGGCCAGGAUGUUAUUUGCUCAUGUUGCUGUACGCUCAUGUUAGGUAACACAUUGUCACAUGGGGAUGUGGGUGCUAUUUAAUACACUUUACUUCAUAACAAAAUAAAGAAAGACAGCAUUUGUUGCCCUGUCUCAUCUCAAAGUGUUUGGAUUUUUGUUCAGCUUGUGCACAAUCAGGAGACCUGUUUUUCUGUUUGUUUGUUUGUUUGCUUUGUUUUGUUUUGUUCUUAUUCGGGGCAUCAUCGUGUAAGACCACAGCACUGAAAUGAAUCGGUGUGUUUGUGCAGCCUGACGGUGUUCAGCAAAGCCAGGUCUAUAGGAAUGCUUGGGGCGGAGUAGAUGUGUUCCUUUAUUUAAGAGUCUGCAGUGUAUACACACUGCGCACACGGAAACUCGCAUAGCGUCAGAGUUACUCCACACCUGACAGUUAUUAUAAUGAACUGGUCUACGACAC